UCCGCAGGCAGCCCUCGGGGCGAGGUAACGGCCACGGGCCCCCUCCGCGACGCCCUCCGCCGGGCUCCCGGCCCCGGUCUGCCCGGCCCCCGGCCCUUAGUUGACAAGAUCCCCUACCUCCUGAGGAGUUCUGGCCCCGGAUUCUCACGGGCCCCAUCCUCCGUGCCUCCACGCCGACGAAGCAUCCCGCCUGCUCCCCAACGCCGAAGGCAGCCCCGUCCCCGGAGGCGUCACUGCUGCCCCCGGGCCCUGUGCUGGAGUGGCCCCUGCCCGCCUCCAGCAUGGCGUCCGACACGCCGGAGUCCCUGAUGGCCCUCUGUACCGACUUCUGCCUGCACAACCUGGAUGGCACCUUGGGCUACCUACUGGACAAGGAGGCCUUGCGGGUCCAGCCCGACAUCUUCCUGCCCAGCGAGAUCUGCGACCGGCUCGUCAAUGAGUAUGUGGAGCUGGUCAACGCUGCCUGCAACUUUGAGCCCCACGAGAGCUUCUUCAGCCUCUUCUCGGACCCUCGCAGCACCCGCCUCACCCGAAUCCACCUUCGGGAAGACCUGGUGCAGGACCAGGAUCUGGAAGCCAUCCGCAAGCAGGACUUGGUGGAGCUGUACCUGACCAACUGCGAGAAGCUGUCCGCCAAGAGCCUGCAGACCCUGCGCAGCUUCAGCCACACGCUGGUGUCCCUGAGCCUCUUCGGCUGCGCGAACAUUUUCUACGAGGAGGAGAACCCGGGGGGCUGCGAAGACGAGUGCCUGGUCAACCCCACCUGCCAGGUGCUGGUGAAGGACUUCACCUUCGAGGGCUUCAGCCGCCUCCGUUUCCUCAGUCUGGGCCGCAUGAUUGACGGGGUCCCCGUGGAGUCCCUGCUGCGGCCGCUCAGCUCACUGGCCGCCUUGGACCUCUCGGGCAUUCAGACGAGUGAUGCGGCCUUCCUAGCGCAGUGGAAGGACAGCCUCGUAUCCCUUGUGCUCUACAACAUGGACCUCUCGGAUGACCACAUCCGAGUCAUCGUCCAGCUGCACAAGCUGCGACACCUGGACAUCUCGAGAGACCGCCUCUCGAGCUACUACAAGUUCAAGCUGACUCGGAAGGUGCUGAGCCUCUUCGUGCAGAAGCUGGGAAACCUGAUGUCGCUGGACAUCUCUGGCCACAUGAUCCUGGAGAACUGCAGCAUCUCCAAGAUGGACGAAGAGGGGGGCCAGACCAGCAUUGAGCCCUCCAAGAGCAGCAUCAUGCCUUUCCGGGCCCUGAAGAGGCCGCUGCAGUUCCUCGGGCUCUUCGAGACCUCUCUGUGCCGCCUCACGCACAUUCCGGCCCACAAAGUAAGCGGUGACAAGAAUGAAGAGCAGGUGCUGAAUGCCAUAGAGGCCUACACGGACCAUCGGCCUGAGAUCACCUCUCGGGCCAUCAAUCUGCUGUUUGACAUCGCACGCAUUGAGCGCUGCAACCAGCUGCUGCGGGCCCUGAAGCUGGUCAUCACAGCCCUCAAGUGCCACAAGUAUGACAAGAACAUUCAAGUGACAGGCAGUGCCGCCCUCUUCUACCUGACCAAUUCUGAGUACCGCUCGGAGCAGAGCGUCAAGCUGCGGCGGCAGGUCAUCCAGGUGGUGCUGAACGGCAUGGAGUCCUACCAGGAGGUGACGGUCCAGCGGAACUGCUGCCUGACCCUGUGCAACUUCAGCAUCCCCGAGGAGCUGGAGUUCCAGUACCGCCGCGUCAACGAGCUGCUGCUCAGCAUCCUCAACCCCACGCGGCAGGACGAGUCCAUCCAGCGCAUCGCCGUGCACCUGUGCAACGCCCUGGUCUGCCAGGUGGACAACGACCACAAGGAGGCCGUGGGCAAGAUGGGCUUCGUGGUGACCAUGCUAAAGCUGAUUCAGAAGAAGCUGCUGGACAAGAUUUGUGACCAGGUGAUGGAGUUCUCCUGGAGCGCCCUGUGGAACAUCACAGACGAGACGCCUGACAACUGCGAGAUGUUCCUCAACUUCAACGGCAUGAAGCUCUUCCUGGACUGCCUGAAGGAGUUCCCGGAGAAGCAGGAAUUGCAUCGGAAUAUGCUGGGACUCUUGGGAAACGUGGCCGAGGUGCAGGAGCUGCGACCCCAGCUGAUGACGUCCCAGUUCAUCCGCGUCUUCAGCAACCUGCUGGAGAGCAAGGCAGACGGGAUCGAGGUGUCGUACAACGCCUGCGGAGUCCUCUCCCACAUCAUGUUUGACGGGCCCGAGGCCUGGGGCAUCUGCGACCCCCAGCGGGAGGAGGUGGAGGAGCGCAUGUGGGCAGCCAUCCAGAGCUGGGAUACCAACUCGCGCAGAAACAUCAACUACAGGUCCUUUGAGCCAAUCCUUCGCCUCCUCCCCCAGGGCAUCUCCCCCGUCAGCCAGCACUGGGCAACCUGGGCCCUGUACAACCUUGUGUCUGUCUACCCGGACAAAUACUGCCCUCUGCUGAUCAAAGAAGGCGGGAUGCCCCUUCUGAGGGACCUGAUCAAGAUGGUGACCGCACGGCAGGAGACCAAGGAAAUGGCCCGCAAGGUGAUCGAGCACUGCAGUAACUUUAAAGAGGAGAACAUGGACACAUCCAGAUAGAGGUCUCGGCCCCCACAGCCCCAGCGCUCUGGACCGCAAACCAGGAGGAAGCACUCUCGAGCCACCCGGCUGGCCGAGCCCUUCCAGGGAGCCUCCCACGAGAUGGAGUGGCUCGGGGAGACGUUUGCACAACCGACGCUUUUCCUUAACAUUAGUGAGAUAUAUAUAUUAUAUAUAUAAUAAUUAUUAUUAUUAUUAUUUUUGGUUAGGAAGUGUGAAGUUUUGUGUGUUUGAUUUCUGUACAAAAACAAAAGAAACUCUCCAAGUCUCUGCAGCUUCCUUGGCCACGCUCAAGGCCCUGUUCCAAGCCUCCAUCGCUGCCACACUCAUGCCCUCCCCAGCCAGGCUGAGCGCCUCUAACCUCCAGCGUGCCCUCCUCUCCCGUAGAACCAGCCCUUGCCCUCGCUUCCUGUUGGGAGAGGCAGCGGGCCUUACUGUGUGCCCCACCCCUCGAGGCCUGAGGAAACCCCUCCUGGGCUCCUGAGCCCAGCUGGUGAGGUCCGGGAGUACACUGAGCCCCUUGAUCUCCCAAACGCCUUGGUGCUCCCAGCUGUGAGCCAUCUGGGGCAAGACAUUGAGCCGUUCCCAGGCCUCGUGCUGGGCAACCCCAGCCAGAGGACCCACAAGGUGCGGGCGCCGGGGCCUGCCUGAGGCCGUGCUGCUAUGGAGGCCGACUCUGAGCCUCCCACCAGGUCCCAGGCUGUUGAAGGCCCCGCCCCAGGGAUAGUUAGAACUCAGGGGCAGACUCCACUGCCCCUUCUGCCAAACAUAGCCAGAACCAGCCCCCAGCUCCGGAAGUCAGCACCUUCUAGGGCCAGGAGCUAAGUCCCUCUCUCCAUGGCCCCUCAUCUGCCUGUAACUCCCGAGGUGCCCAGGCCCUCCCACCAGCAGCACUGAGCCUGCCACUCGCCCUCUGCCUGCCCCUUUGCAGGAAGGACCCCCACCUCGCCCAGCAGUAGGUGGUCCCACUCCUAUGCCAGCCUUUCACUGUGGCAGCAGGCAGUCUGACCUCUGGACCUGCCCCUGGACCCCCUGCCCGCCCCACUCUGCCCCUCCUUCCGCCCCACCCUGCUGUGUUCCAGAGACGCCUGAAAGGCAGGGGUCUUUCUAGCAGUCUGUAACUUGGAACCACUUCUUGUCUGGGACGGGGAUGGUGCAGCGUCCACCCUGAGGGUGGACCUGAGGCACAGACAGAGCUGGCUCUGGAGGCAGCCCUCGGAGACCAUCUUUCCCUGGGCCUGGUUUGGGACCGUCCCAUCUGGGACAGCUUCAGGGGAGAGGCCACGAGCAUUUUCUCCUGGAGUCUUUCCCUCGCAGCCCAGGAAGGGGCAGCUGCCCUGUCCUGUCCCCGGUGGCAGGUGGGCCACAUCUGCCUCCUUCCCAUGCUCAUCCGGCUGAAGCCGGACCCCGGCGCUCCUCCCACACGGCUUCACCGCCUGGGCCUGGUCAAUGUCUGUAAUGUGGGAUGUCACGGAAAUACAUUUUUGUGCAAAGUG